AUUUUAAUAUCUUUUCCAAUAUAUAUAUAUAUAUAUAUAUAUUCUUCAAGGAAGAACGUCUUAUCACCCUACGCAGCCGCUACCAGUAACACCACUAUCUACCCCCUUUUUUUGUUCCCUUUCUCUCCACAAUAAUCUUCUAAGAUCCCUUCCCUUUUCUAUCUUUUGAUAAUAAUAAGUUUAUUUACUUCUUUAGUGCAAAAAUAAUAUCCAAUUCCCCAUUUUAAUUUAUUUUCUUGGUUUGUUUAAUUAGCCAAAAAAGAAGAGAUCUCGUUGAAAAAACUUGAAUUAGUAGUUAUUGUUUAGGGUUUUAUUUAGUUAUCAUCAUCAUCAUCUUGAUUUAGGGUUGUCUUUUUCUUCUUAUUUAAUGGAGAAUAAUUAUAAUAAUCAAGUAGCUGGAGAGAAUUCAGGAGGUCAAAGAGGUCAUUUUUUUUAUGGAGGAAGUCAAGUUGUUGGUGGUGGUGCAGCCCCUAUUUAUGGAAGAGGUGGAGAUUGCUAUGAUCCUAUGAUAGUGAAAACAGAAGGAGGAAGUACAUCUCAACAUCACCAUACGUUUCAUUACCCUUCGAUUAUUCGUAAUCAUCAUCAAACGGUUCAAAAUCAUCAUCAAGACAGUACGGAGACUUCAGAUGAAGUAAUUGAAGCUUUAAAAGCCAAAAUUAUAGCUCAUCCUCAGUGUUCCAACCUUUUGGACGCUUACAUGGGCUGCCAAAAGGUGGGUGCACCGCCGGAAGUGGCGGCAAGACUGUCGGCGGUACGGCAAGAGUUUGAGGCGAGGCAACGAGCUUCGUUGACCGACAGAGAUGUUUCCAAGGACCCAGAACUUGAUCAGUUCAUGGAAGCAUAUUAUGACAUGCUAGUGAAGUAUAGAGAGGAGUUAACAAGGCCUCUUCAAGAAGCAAUGGAAUUCAUGCAAAAGAUUGAAGCUCAGCUUAAUAUGCUUGGUAAUGCUCCUGUUCGGAUCUUCAACUCUGAGGACAAGUGUGAGGGUGUUGGAUCAUCAGAAGAGGAUCAAGACAACAGUGGUGGAGAAACUGAACUUCCUGAAAUAGAUCCAAGAGCAGAAGAUAGAGAACUGAAGAAUCACUUGUUGAGAAAAUACAGUGGCUAUUUAAGUAGCCUCAAACAAGAACUUUCAAAGAAGAAGAAAAAAGGAAAAUUGCCCAAAGAUGCUAGGCAGAAGUUGAUCACUUGGUGGGAGUUGCACUACAAGUGGCCAUACCCUUCGGAGUCAGAGAAGGUUGCAUUGGCAGAAUCAACAGGAUUGGACCAGAAACAAAUAAAUAACUGGUUCAUUAACCAAAGGAAAAGACACUGGAAACCUUCAGAAGACAUGCAAUUUAUGGUGAUGGAUGGUCUUCAUCCACAAAGUGCUGCUGCUCUUUAUAUGGAAGGUCACUACAUGGGUGAAGCCCCUUUUCGUUUGGGUCAGUAAUAUUUAUGAUUUUUAAUGAAUUAAACUUUGCAUGCAACAUUUUCCUAUUUGGGGAAAAAAACAUUUAAUUUCCUUGUAAGGUGAGUAUGAAUAGUUUGGAUUUUUAAUUAGUUGUAGUAUGUAUGUUUGUAGCCAAGCCUUAUAGGCCUAAGCACAAGGGUACUAUAUUGCUUGUUCAAUUGUAUAUGGUGAGAAUCCUUUUGUAUUUAAUAUUGUAAUGUUAUUAGCGAACCAAAAUCUAGUGUUUACUUGUG